AUGCUGACUAUAGCCAAGUUGGCGCGCAGGGUCCGACUAUUUAGGCAUACGGUAUCACCAGAACUACCCACAAAUCUUCCAGGUCUUCCGAAUGACAAAUUGCAAUCCUCAUGGAAACAUUGGAUCUCCCUAGAGGAGAGAAAACGCGCUGUGCUCGGAAUAUUUAUACUUGAUGCUGAGUUAGCGAAGAUCCAUCAUCAUGAGCCAUGCCUACGUCCUGCGAUCGAGCGUCUACCGAUCAUCUCCUCAGAUGAGAUGUUUGCUGCAAGCAACGCAAAUGCGUGGCGAGAGCUGGCUCUACAACAGGACCAGCAGUCUGGGAACAGGUCGAUGAAGGAGCGAAGUCUUCGAAGGAUGAGCAACUUCCAACUCUGUGCCACUCUUGAUUCCAUCAGUGCUAUGGCCUGUGAAUGCCAAGAACCUUUCUCAACUACACCCCAUACAGCCCAGAAAUGCCAGGAAAUCCUCCUCUCUUGGUACGAGACGCAUCUAUCUGCUGCUUCUCCUGUGGAGUCCUGGGCAUAUCCGUUAAAGAUUCUCUGGCAUUCCACUUUCAUCCUCUUAUACUCGAAUAUCGACGCUCUUGAGCGAGCCUGCGGCAGAGACGGCCCUGAGGCAGCUCGAGAAGCCAUUGGAUACGCUCGGCAGUGGGCAAACUCCGAGGAGGCGACCAGAUCUCUAAUACACGCUGUUUGCAUCAGAAAACACUUCGAGUCAAUGUCCAUUGGGUCUGAGUGUCCGCUACAUAUUCCCACCUGCCUUUACCACUGUGGGAUCAUCUGGUUUUCUUUUGGAAAUUUCGGGAAUAGCUGCAACGGAACUAUCAUCGAACGAAGCUUUCCAGAAUUAGAACUGGCUGGAGUGCAUCUUGGCGAAAUCGAUGCGGCAGAAUUGAGGAACAUUCAACUCGAGCAGAAGGCUGCGAACCAGGUCUUCGGGAUCAUCGGCCUCCUGAAGAGCAUACGCCAUUGGAAGCUAUCUUUGAGCCUUGCUUCAACCUUGCUUGCGCUUAUCGAGGGGCAGGAUAAUGUUUUCUAG